CAGCCACGCCUCUCCCGAGAGGGGCGGGAGCCGCGCGCAGAUCCCACGUGUGACGCUAACGCUCCCGGUUCGGUAAUAUUCGUUGAGCUGGGGCUGCAGUGUCCGUGUGUAUGCGUGUGUUUGGAGUUGGUUGGACUUUGAGCUAUGGAAGCGGACGCGAGUCAAGUCACCUCUGGAAGUCCGAAUGAUUCGCAGCACGACCCGGGUAAAAUGUUUAUCGGUGGCCUCAGCUGGCAAACCUCACCAGACAGCCUUCGAGACUAUUUCAGUAAAUUCGGGGAGAUCAGAGAAUGUAUGGUGAUGCGCGACCCCACAACCAAACGCUCCAGAGGGUUUGGCUUCAUCACGUUUGCAGAUGUUUCCAGUGUAGAUAAAGUCUUAGCGCAACCACACCACGAAUUAGACUCCAAGACGAUUGAUCCUAAGGUCGCCUUUCCUCGGCGCGCUCAACCCAAGAUGGUCACAAGAACAAAGAAAAUAUUUGUGGGUGGAUUAUCAGCGAGCACAGUCGUUGAAGAUGUGAAACAGUAUUUUGAACAGUUCGGAAAGGUAGAGGAUGCCAUGCUAAUGUUUGACAAAACUACGAACAGACAUAGAGGCUUUGGCUUCGUAACGUUCGAGAAUGAAGACAUUGUAGAGAAAGUCUGUGAAAUUCAUUUUCACGAAAUCAAUAAUAAAAUGGUAGAAUGUAAGAAGGCCCAACCAAAGGAGGUGAUGUUUCCUCCAGGCACGAGGGGGAGGGCGAGAAGUCUUCCGUACACCAUGGAUGCCUUCAUGCUGGGCAUGGGCAUGUUGAGUUAUCCAAACAUUGUGGCAACGUACGGUCGUGGAUACACAGGAUUUUCUCCUAGCUACAGUUACCAGUUUCCAGGUUUCCCAGCGACAGCGUAUGGACCCGUGGCAGCAGCAGCAGUGGCGGCAGCACGAGGCUCAGGGUUCCCCGAUUACGGCUUUUAUUCUGGGCCCGGUGACCAGCGGGGCGCCCCCUGCUCCUUUGCCGACUAUGCCACCCUGGGUCCCCAUACGGGUCAGAUGCUGCAAAGCGAGCACGUCACCCCUACCUGCAACUCACCCUCCCAGCACCACCCAAGCCCGGACCACUUUAAGAGCUCAGGUGCUAACCCUCCACGGCCUGGAGGUUUCCCUGGUGCAAACAGUCCUGGACCCGUGGCAGACUUGUACGGCCCCAGCAGUCAGGACUCGGCAGUGGGAAAUUACAUCAGUGCUGCCAGCCCUCAGCCGGGUUCUGGGUUCAAUCACAGUAUUGCAGGUCCUUUGAUCGCCACAGCAUUUACAAAUGGAUACCACUGAAAGCUAACCGGAGAUGCGGCACAAUCUCAUUGGAGAGUUCAUCGGGAGGCCCUGGAAAAAGGGCCGGAGUCUCUGAUUAGUUCGUGUACAGUUGAUGUCAUAAAGACUUCAAGCACUACAGGUUCUGAUUGGUGAAUGGACAAGAGGGGUGAAACCAAACACAGAGGACAAGAAAAAUACGAUCAUCUCAGAAAACAAACAUCACAACUGCUGUAACUGUUAUCCAACCCUCCUGUCACUGCAGGACUCCUUCCCAUUUUUCUUUUCCACACGCUUUUUUCUUUCUGUAUGCUUUUUAAAUGACUUCGGCUUUUAGACAAACAUACUUAGAUGAGUGAAUUAUUCAGUUAGCGAUUGUCACAAUUUUGAGUUUUUUCCCCUCGAUUUUGGUGCAAGUUAACUUUAUUUUUGCACAUAUGGACAGACACCGUGCUGAAAGACACCAUGUCAUUCAUCUAUUGGAAAAAAGAAAAUCAUCUUAGUAGCCGUUUUUAAUUGUGACGUCUCAUUGUUGAUCAUAACUUAUUUUUGGGCAAUACAGAGGGAGAGGACUCCAAUAUUUUUAUGGUCCUUUUUAUAUAUCUAUAUAUAUCUAUCUAUCUGUGUGUUGUUGUUGUUGUCAUUUAGAG